AGCUGAAAGAUUCGCUGCAGGGACCCGCGUAUCGAGGACAGAAAACUAGAGCGCUGCUCGCCAAGCUUUAUUCACACGGAUUGAUUGCUACUGCUGAUACGUUCGAAAAGUUGUCUAGGCUAUUUAACGACCACUUUCGACUACGACGAGACCGAAUCCUCGGCGAAGCGAGGGAACUCUUGCACCACGCCGACGGCAAAUCGUGGCAAGAGCUAGCCGCCGAAAAGGAACGAGAAGACAUCUUUGCCGAACCUCUUCCCCUGGAAGAGCUGCUCGAAUCGCCGAUGUCGUACCCCUUCCGCCUGCCCCGCAGUCGAUCGGCCGAUUGGUCGUCCAGCACGAGGGAAUCCUACCUAUCCCGAUGGUCGCGCGAAAACACGCCGACCGCCUGUACGGAACGGUACGCGCGUGACGUCCGUCGCAGCUAUACCCCCGUCAGGGAUAUUGCUGAUUCCAGAGUUAUUGAGGACGGCCGGCGGCCGUAUUCCUCUUACAGUAAGCGCACGCCGAUCGGGUUUAUGACGCUCCCCUACCGUACCAGCAUCAAUUACGCCGAGGAAGAGCAGCCCAUCCGAAAAUACGACGUCUUCCAGGUGCGCUCGUGGAGCUACCCGAUUUACAAGUAUUUGAACCACCGCGAGCACAACUAUGAACGGCCCUACUCGCUCGCCCGGGCUUACGGUACAACCCCCUCGUACACCACCCCAACGAUGACCAUCGACGCGAAAACACGCAUAGAUGGCAGAAGAGGCUACAGCGGCUACGCGUUCGUGGGAAUGGAGAGCAACUUUGACCUCACCAGCCGCACCAGAAGCCAAACGAACGCCAACUAUUGGCGCAGCAAUUACGCGUCAUCUCCGUGGCUCACUCCUCGCCACCACUACGCCAGUUCUGCACUCCGUCACUUCAGCGCUUAUCGACCCCAAAGCUACGCGUCAACCCGAUAUUUACGAUAC